UCCACCCUGCCAGCCCCCGACUCGCCUCCGCCGCAUCCAACCCCACCCCCCCUCCGAUCUCCUCCGCCGACGCGGCGACCCCUCCCCGCUCUCUACCGUCGAGCUCCUUCCGGGCCGCAGGCGAUCCGCCCCCGGAAGGGCUCGUCCGUUCCUUCCCUCGCCGCCGCUCUCCCAACCCCCCUGCACGGCGCCGCAGCGGCGGUGCGAUCCAUGGACUCCCGGUCCAUCAACUUCCGCGGCAUCGCCGGGAGCGCCGGCAACAUCAUGCAGGGAAUGGGGAAAUUCGUUUUCGGCAACGAGAUGUCCGAGUCCAAGGAAGAUAGCUACGUCGAGAGAUAUCUCGACCGGAUAUGCAAUGGCACGAUACCCGACGACCGGAGGUCUGCCAUGACCGAGCUGCAGUCGCUUGUGGCGGAGAGCCGCUCGGCACAGAUGUCGUUCGGUGCAAUGGGUUUUCCUAUACUCCUCAAUGUUUUGAAAGAAGACCGUGAGGAUGUGGAGCUUGUGAGAGGUGCCCUGGAGACUUUUGUGAGCGCAUUGACUCCUAUUGAGACAUCACAAGGGCCAAAAACUGAGGUUCAACCUGCAUCGGUCAAUUCCGAUCUGCUUUCUCGAGAAACAGAAAAUAUCGCCCUUCUUUUGAGCUUACUGUCUGAGGAAGACUUUUAUGUGAGAUACUACACGAUCCAGCUUUUAACAGCUCUACUUACAAACUCACUGAAAAGAUUACAGGAGGCAAUUCUAUUGAUUCCUCGUGGUAUAACAGUUCUAAUGGACAUGCUUAUGGAUCGUGAGGUUAUAAGGAAUGAAGCACUGUUACUUCUUACAUAUCUGACCCGGGAUGCAGAGGAAAUUCAAAAAAUUGUUGUAUUUGAGGGUGUGUUUGAGAAGAUAUUCAGCAUUAUUAGAGAGGAGGGAUAUUCUGAUGGAGGCGUUGUUGUCCAGGAUUGCCUUGAACUUCUAAAUAAUUUAAUUCGACACAAUGCGUCCAAUCAGAUGCUUUUGAAAGAGACAAUGGGCUUUGACCCAUUGAUAUCAAUACUAAAGAUUAGGAGAGGAAGCGCAUUCAAUUUUACCCAACAAAAGACAGUAAAUCUUCUCGGUGCUUUAGAUACUGUUGAAUUGCUUUUGAUGGGGGGCCCAUCCAGUGAACCAGGUAAAGAUGCUAACAAGAUUGCCAAUCAAACUGCAUUGGCUCAGAAAAAUAUUCUGGAUCAUCUUCUAUUGUUGGGUGUUGAAAGUCAGUGGGCCCCUGUUGCUCUCCGCUGUAUGGCAUUGCGAUGUAUUGGCAAUUUGGUGUUAAGAAAUCCUCAAAAUCUUGAUACUCUUGUGAACAAGCAAGUUGGAGAAGAGCCGCAUGUUCAGCCUGCACUGAAUGCCAUCUUGUCUAUAAUCUUGCGGACCUCUAUAGCACAGGAAUUUGUUGCUGCUGAUUAUGUCUUCAAGUGUUUCUGUGAGAGAAAUCCCAAUGGCCAGGCAUUAUUAGCAUCAACUAUUGCUCCACAUCCGAACCAAGGAGCUACGCAUGGGGCUGCUAGUGACAUGCCAUUUGGAAGUAUACUUCUGCAAGCUCUGGUUUCAAGUGAUGUUAAUGGGGAUAUGGAGGCGUGUUGCAGAGCAUCUAGUGUUCUUUCUCACAUAAUCAAGGACAACUUGCAAUGCAAAGAUCGUGUAUUGCAAAUUCAGCUUGAGACACCUACACCAUCCUUGGGGCGCACUGAGCCGCUACUGCAUCGAAUUGUUACAUGUUUGUCCAUUUCAGGUUCCACAGAAGGAGAAAAUGACCAAAGCACCCAACUAGAAGAAUCAUAUAUUCAGCCUGUUAUUCUCCGGUUACUCAUCACAUGGCUUGUGGAUUGUUCAAAUGCUGUCAAUUGCCUCUUGGAAUCAGCAGUACAUCUGAAGUACAUAAUAGAGCUUGCUUCAAGUAAACGUUACACUGCUUGUGUUCGUGGAUUGGCUGCUGUUGUUCUAAGCACUUGCGUCCUGUACAAUGCUAGCCGUGAGAAGGGCCAUGAUGCCUUUGCUGUUGCAGAUGCUAUAAGUCAAAAGAUUGGCCUCACAGCAUACUUUUUAAGGUUUGAUGAAUUGCGGAAAAGUUUGGCACAUCCAUCGUCAGGGCAGCUGCACCGCAAGCAGCUUUCCAGAUCAAGUGCAAAUAGCAUGUCCGAUUUCCAAGAGAUUGAAGAGGAGGAAACAAAUAAAGGCAAUCAACAUCCUGUCCUCUCAGAAAUUUUGGACCUACAGUUCAUUAAUUCCGUCAGUAAGCUUGAGGCUGAUAUUAGAGAAAACAUUAUGGAUAUAUUUAGUAGGACAAAAACUGCAACUGCAGUUCUGCCUGCUGAGUUGGAGCAGAAGAAUGGGGAGGUUGAUGGAGAGUAUAUCAAGCGAUUAAAGUCAUUUGUAGAGAAGCAGUGCAAUGAGAUGCAGGACUUGCUGGCUCGAAAUGCAAUGUUAGCAGAAGACUUAGUGAGAACUGGUGGUGGUAACACUGCAGAUACUUCCCAGCAACCGAGCAGUGGCCGAGAAAGGGUACAAAUUGAAGCCCUCAGACAAGAACUUAUGGGAGCAAAACGACAGAUAGAGGCACUCAAAAUUGAGAAGGUUCAGAUUGAAGCUGAAGCUAACAACCAGCGAAACCUUGCAGUAAAACUGGAGUCUGAUCUCAAGAGCUUGUCAGACGCGUACAACAGUCUAGAGCAGGCCAACUACCGCUUAGAUACCGAGGUGAAAACCCUGCGGCAGGGAGGCGAUGUGCCCUAUCCUGACGUGGAGGCGAUAAAAGCACAAGCUAAGGAAGAGGCUGAGAAGGACAGCGAGGCCGAACUGAAUGAUCUACUCGUCUGCCUUGGUCAGGAACAAACUAAGGUUGAGAAGCUGAGCGCAAAGCUGGUGGAGCUCGGUGAAGAUGUGGAUACCCUACUGCAAGGUAUUGGCGAUGACGCUGCCAUACCAGAUGACGAUGAUGAAGAGUAAUGUCUUUCUGUUACGUUCUUGUUUUAUGGUGUAAUCGGCCCACAUGUUGGGUCAGAUGUUGUGAUGGAAAAUGUACAGUGGAUAUUAUGUAGACGAAAGUAUCAUUCCUUUGUAAGUUAUUUGUGGAUGAUGAAACUAAACUGCAGACUUGCCUCCUGGUUGAAUUUGGUUCUAUGAAUAAAUUAUAUCACCUCUA